GGCAGCCCCCCGGGACGGUACAUAUCUGCGCGGCGCUGCCCGGCCGCCGCCCGCACUCCCGCCUCGCCGCCCGCACAGCUCCCGCGGCCCCGCUCGUCUGCCCCGCCGCGCCCCGUGUAGCCGCCGCCAUGGACGCCAUCAAGAAGAAGAUGCAGAUGCUGAAGCUCGACAAGGAGAACGCCUUGGACCGGGCCGAGCAGGCGGAGGCGGACAAGAAGGCGGCGGAGGACCGAAGCAAGCAGAUAGAGGAUGACAUUGUGCAGUUGGAAAAGCAAUUGCACGUGGCGGAGGAUGCGCGGGACCAGGUGCUGGAGGAGCUGCACAAGGCUGAGGAAAGCCUCCUCUCCGCGGACGAGAAUGCCACCAAGGCUGAGAGCGAGGUAGCUUCUCUGAACAGACGUAUCCAGCUGGUUGAGGAAGAGUUGGAUCGUGCACAGGAGCGUUUGGCAACUGCUCUGCAAAAGCUGGAGGAGGCUGAGAAGGCAGCAGAUGAGAGUGAAAGAGGAAUGAAAGUCAUUGAAAACAGAGCCCAAAAGGAUGAAGAGAAAAUGGAAAUCCAAGAGAUCCAGCUUAAAGAAGCCAAGCAUAUCGCUGAGGAGGCUGACCGCAAAUACGAAGAGGUGGCGCGUAAAUUGGUAAUUAUUGAGAGUGAUCUUGAGAGGGCUGAGGAACGCGCUGAACUUUCGGAAGGCAAAUGUGCUGAGCUUGAAGAGGAGUUGAAAACUGUGACCAACAACCUGAAGUCGCUGGAGGCUCAGGCUGAGAAGUACUCACAGAAGGAAGACAAAUAUGAAGAGGAGAUUAAAAUCCUGACUGACAAACUGAAGGAGGCCGAGACUCGUGCUGAAUUUGCUGAGAGAUCAGUAACCAAGCUGGAGAAGAGCAUUGAUGACCUAGAAGACCAACUCUACCAGCAACUUGAGCAAAACAGUCGCCUAACUAAUGAACUAAAGUUGGCAUUGAAUGAGGAUUAAACUUUGGUGUGGAUAUACUGUCAGCUGUUUUUAAACAUAAACUUACCUAAAUUCCUCAAGAAUGAAUGAGUCCAUGUAGAAAUAUGCAAGAAACCUGUAAAUUGAUAUUAAGGGUAUUGUAUCUGCUAUAAAUUAAUGGAUGACACACUUUCAAAUGAUGCUGGAAAAAUGUGGAAGUGCCCCUUCUGUUAUGGCUCCUUUAAAUUUAUAUCUUGGAGCAGCUGCACAUUCUUUAUGUGUAAUAGGUGCAUCCUUUCCACUACACUACCAGUUACAGUCUCUGGCCAAUAGUAUUUAAAAACCAGCACCGUUUCUUGUAGAAAACUUAUUCUUUCAUUUUAGUUCCCAUUAUAAUUUGGAGUUAAGAGUUUUACUGGCUACUAGGGGAAAUGAGGGUGGGGAGGGGAUGUUAGCCAAGAUUUCCGAUUUCAAAACCAAAAUAAAAUAUAUUCCCAGCUCUUUCAUAACUGGAAAUUCAGUGCACUGUUUUGAGUUUACAAUAAAAUGGCCUUAUAUUUGGGUGAAAGCAGCCUUAGAAAUAGGAGUCCCAUCUUAAAAUACCUGGUCAGUUUAAAGGUAUGCUUGCAUCAGCAUAAAGUUGUUGUUAUUGGAUUCUGAUAGCAUGUAGCUCCAGAACAUUGUGCGUAUAUAUUGUCAUAUAAGAGUGUUAAAUGACUGCUCUAUAAAAGUGUGCAUGCAACGUAAAACUACUAACUGCCAAUAAAACACUUUUUGAUUAUAUUUAAUAGCCAAAAUAACAUGUUAAUUUUCUCAGAAGCCAUUUAAUUGGAAGGGGGUUGUUUUUGUGUUUUGUUCUCUGCAAGUUCUGAAUUAUGAUGCAGCUUGAAAAGUGUGAAUGUUCUUGGAGUACAGAAUCAUAAAUUCUGUCCUUCUUGGUGGUUUGAUAUUUUAUUCUUUUUUUUGUAAAUUUCACCCCCUUCUUUCUUUAAUCCUCCCCUUCCCCCCCCCUCCCCCUGUCCCUGGCUUAUGACCCUUACAAACAUCUUACCUCUUUUGACAAUGGUCAGUUUUUUUUAGACAUGUAGCUGCACAGCAGUUCAAAACUUGCAUCACUUGAAGUUCACUUUAUUGAUCUGAAUCUUUUGUCAUAGUCUUGGCUAAAGAUGCUAGUAUUUACGAGCAUGCAUAUAUCUCAUCCUUCUAAACUCCUCCAUGAUAAAAGAUGAUUGCAUGGUUUCAUGUUAAGAAAAUUGAUGCAUCCAAAGAACUGUUAUUCAUGUCUUAAUUUUUUAAUCCCA